AUGCCGUCUCGCCGGAGUAAUGAUGACGAGUUUCCUCUGCUCUCUGGCCUAGGCCUGUACGCCGCAGAAAUCCUCGGCGACGGCAACUGUUUGUUCAAUGCCCUGUCUGACCAGCUGUACGGCCACCAGGCCGCGCACUCGGAAAUCCGCGAGCGCACCGUCGACUACAUGCGCGACCACGCCUCCGAGUUCAAGGCCUUCAUCAGCGUGAACCCCGGCGGUGGCGUCCGCAGGAAUCCGAAGCGCAAGAACGUCGGCGCCUACUCGACCCCUUACAAUCAGCAGGUGCCGACGGAGGAGGAGAUCGAGCAGACGUUCCAGCGUCACCUCGACACCAUGGCCAAAGGCGGCACAUGGGGCGACAACGUCGAGGUCCAGGCCUUUGCCCGCGCCUACGACGUCACCGUCAAAAUCUACCACAGAGAUUUCGCAUACUAUGUCACUCCUUUUCAGGACGACCAGAAGAGACUAAUUGUACACAUUGCCUACCACACCUGGGAGCAUUAUUCCUCAAUACGCAACCUUGACGGGCCGCACGAUGGUCCUCCUGAGGUGCGUGAGAGGGCCAUCAGCCCGGAGACCGAAGCCGCUCAGAAGAAGAAGCUUGCGGCUACGCCGUACGCCCAAGACUGGCAAAUUGACGUAGUCAUGAAGUCGCUCCCUUUCUUGACGGACAAGUCUACCAUCCGCAAGACACUCGAAGAGUGCAAAGGGAGCAUCGACAACGCCGUUUCGAGGUUGCUGGAUGAAGACUCUGGCAACCAGUCUUCUGCACAAGAGAGCUCCAGUAUAGAACGCGAGCCUGACAGUGAUGACGACGACAUAUACGGCCCUAACAAAAGCCGAAGCCGCCAGACCGGGCUCCCAGCCAAGCACGAUAGCUUCACCAGUGCAUCCAGGGACAGCUCGGCAAGCAGAAAUAUCAUCAAGCCCAAGGGUCACAAGAAGCGUGCCGGAUCAAAGCUGGCCUCUCAAGAGUGCCCACAGGAAUCGAAGGUCCCUCAAUUCUAUUCACCGGACUCGCAAUCCUCCCAGGUUGAUUCGCAGCAGACCGACAGCUUUACGUUCAGCCAGGCUACUGUUGCAAUUCCUGACUCAGAUGCCGAGUCUAGCCAAGAAUCUGAUGCUGACCCCAUUGCGGCACCUCCGUCGCCUAAGCCGACCUCCGCACCCAGGCAGGGACCCGUGCGAAUCAGGCUCACGAUGCCGAAACCUCCACCUGAAAUGGAAGAAGCAGCAGCCAGCAUGCACACUGGCAAGAGCACACAGAAGCAGAUUGGCCCCCAAGGCCGCAAGAUCUCCGCUCGGGACAAGAAGGACAUGAAGAAGCAAGCGCAGAAGGCUGCUCGCAGAGAGCGCCAACAGCAACAAGCUGCUGGCCAGAGUACAGCGACUAGGACGCUUCCGAUCAUUACAAAGUCCAACCCAACGUCGCCUUCACUUGAUGCCGGCAUCAAGGUCCUUUAUGUCUGA